AUGUUCAUGAUCGCUUGGCCGGCAUGGGCGCGCUGCCUGUGCGUGAUACUGGCAGUCUUCCCGCGCGCCUCACACAUGGAGCGCUUGGGCAUGGUACAGCCUACUGUUCUUGACGCAAGGUGUGAUUCUGGGCAGCGUCAGCUUAGCGGACACUAUUUGGUGCCAGAGGUCGGGCGGACUUUCUCCGACGAUUGCCACUUAUUGGGAUUGCCUGGCACAAGGAUUGUGCUUCAUGGACCACUUACCUUCGAAGGCAACAUCAAGUUGUCCGGCAACUUGACGAUUACUGGCACUGGGGAGAAGUGGGAGCAGGCCUGCUUCGGCACCUGGGGAGUCUUAACAGUGGCCAAUGAUUCGACGAUCUCCAUAAGCAACUGCAUCAACCGCAGGGCAGUUUCACUACCCGGACGCGGCCAUCCUUUUGACCAAAGCUACAAAUUCACCAGUGGAGGAUGCAUCUCAGCGGAAGGAGUUGUGGUGGAGGGCGGCUUCCUGUCCGUGAGGGAAUGUCAUGGCAAUGCUGGAGGAGGCAUUAAUGUCGGGAUGGCCGGUUUUGUGCAGAAAGGCGGAAAGGUCCACAUUGAGGAUUGCUAUGCAGAACAGCAAGGAGGUGGCAUGACGAUCGUGGGCACUGAAGAGGAAGAGGGGGUGGGUUUGCACAUGGACGGCGGGACUUUGCUUUUCCGAAAUUGCACGGCCGAUAGCGACUAUGGUGGUGGGCUGCUGGUGUUCGAGGGGCCGAUGAUCCAGAAAGGCGGAGACAUCCACUUCAAGGACUGUACUGCUAAUUUCGGCGGUGGCGCCUAUGUGGAACGCAACGUCAUCCAAGAGGACGGGGCCAUGGAGUUCCUUCGUUGCAAAUCCUCGCGAUGGGGCGACGGCGGUGGCAUGUAUGCCCGCGAAGGGCUCAAGCAAGUGAACGGCGAGAUCAGGUUGGAAAAUUGCACCGCCGGGCGCGCCGGCGGAGGGAUCUACAUAUCGAAGGGCAGUCUGCAGCAACUGCACCUCGUCAGGGGGUCUGGGGGCUUCCGGGUGGUGCGGUGCAGAAGCUACGGCUAA